ACCUUCCCUCAGUAAUAGAAGCUGCUACAACUGUUGAUCCAGAUGAUCUUAUCACCAAAAUCUCUAGAUACAACCCCAUUCAGAACCUCUAGAAACAACUCCAGCAUCGAUCCCUAGUAUGAUGAGUACAAUGCCAUGCAACUAUAGACUGACUCAGCCGUCGGGAUAUAUAAACGGCUAUUGGUAUUUAUGCACCUGGAUAAUUGAAGUCCCAGAUGGUCAAGUUGAACUCUACUUCAAUUCUGUAUAUAUGCAAACUAAAGGUGGAAAUUGCACUUCUGAGUAUGUGAAAAUAUAUGAUGGAUAUCCUUGGAUGGAUGUUGUACUUGGGAAGGUUUGCGAGUAUACAAGUCAAAUGUUUCGCUCAUCAUCCAAUGUCAUGACCCUGGAAUUUGUUAAUCACGACUUCAGUGGACGGUUUGAAGCUCAGUAUUACUCAUCCAGCCUAUAUACUAUAGCACCUUCUACCACUGUUCCAUGUUACUAUACACUGACUCAACCAUUUGGAUAUAUAUACAGUAAUUCAUUCAGUAGUUCAUGUAUCUGGAUAAUUAAGGUCCCAACCGGUCAAGUUGAACUCGACCUCACUUAUGUAAAUAUGCGUGCUAAUGGUAGAGUUUGUAAUUCUGAGUACGUGACAAUCUACGAUGGAUAUAGAUGGAACAGAGUUGUGCUUGGAAAGGUUUGCCAGCCUACAAGUCAAGUGUUCCGCUCAUCAUCCAAUGUCAUGACCUUGGAACUAGUUAAUCCGGACGUCAAUGGACGGUUUGAAGCUCAGUAUUAUUCAUCCAGCCUAUUAUCUACAGAACAAACUACCCCUGAUCCAACCAUGGCUUUGAGGCUUGUAAAUGGAAGAGGUCGGUGUGACGGUCGUGUAGAAAUCCUCUAUAAUGGAGCAUGGGGAACUGUGUGUGAUGACCAAUGGGAUAUUAAUGAUGCGCAAGUUGUUUGUCAGCAGAUAGGUUGCGGUAAUGCUCUUGCGUUUAACCAGAGUGCAGCGUUUGGUCAAGGACAAGGACUGAUUAUAUUGGAUGAUGUACAAUGUAUUGGCAAUGAACGUUUCUUGUGGGACUGUCCACACAGAGGGCUUACAUCACAUAACUGUGGACACCAUGAAGAUGCUGGAGUCAUCUGCUCAGGUGAAAUGAACACUAACAUUCGAUGUGGGGGCAUUUUGAGAAAUUCAAAUGGGAACGUAUCUUUGGAUUCCGGUAUUUCCUCAGAGUCUGACUCCUGUGUUUGGUACAUCAGUGUCACAAAUAAUAAUAGAAUUCAUCUCAACUUCAGAACAUUUACAAUGAAGAAUUCCCGGUCCUGCAAUUCAUCUUCUUUGUCAAUAUAUGAUGGAACUCCUCUUGGAUCAUCUUUAAUUGGAGAUCUGUGCAGAACACGUACAAGAGAGUUCAUCUCCUCAUCGAACAGCAUCAGCAUUGUCUAUUCGCGGGCCAACAGAGAGGCAGGCUUAGAAUUUUAUUCAACAUACUAUUCUACUGUUAACGACAACCAAAAUGUCAGUCUGUCCUGCUAUUCUGAAUACAUGAAAGCUCGAAUCUCACUUAGCUAUCUUCAAACGCUGGAAUAUUCUUCAGCUAAUAUAUUUUUGAAUGACCCGCAGUGUCGCCCUCAAGUUGCAUCAGGUUGGGCGGAGUUUCACAUACCUUAUGGAAGAUGUCUGACAGUAAAACAGGUCGAAAAUGACACAAUAACUUACACAAAUACCCUGUUCACCGGUUCAGCCGACACAAUUGUUGUUUACAGAAAAAAACUAGGUCUAACUCUUAAAUGCCGGAUGUACCAAGAUACUGUAGUUGAAGGCAUAUACUCUGCAGAUGACUUCAUAAAGAACACGUUUAUCCAAUACGGCCUCUUUUCUGCUAACUUGACAUUCUUCCAGUCCUGGAAUUACAUAUAUCCAGUGAAUCAGUAUCCAUACUAUGUGGCUCUUAAUCAGCAUUUAUACCUGCAAGCAGCUUUACUCACAUCUGAACCUGACCUGGUCGUAUUUCUAGAUACUUGUGUGGCAUCCCCUGAUGAAUUUGACUUCACAAGAAAUGUUUAUUAUAUCGUUCGCAACGGGUGUGGCAGAGUUCCUGAUUAUAGAACCUACCCGUCCACAUCAAAUCACAUAGUCCGCAUUGGAUUCAAUGCCUUCAGCUUUCUAAAGAAACAUUCCAAUGUCUACAUUCAGUGCAAACUAGUGGUGUGCAAGGAGGGCAGUGCCAACUCUCGUUGCAGCCAAGGAUGUAUAAGAAGACACAAAAGAGCCGUUAACUCUUACCAUCAUGAAGAGGUUCAUGUUGUGGUCGGACCUGUACAGCUUGAAUAAAAACAUCAAAUCUAAGAAAGGGAGUGCAGCAAAUUCAGUUGAUGUAAAUUUUCUAAAUCUAAUGCCUUAUGCUUCAUUGGAUACAUCUUUAAGUGGCAUCUACUCAUAGGGAUAAUCUACUAUAUGAUUUAUACAUAAAUUUAUUGUAACUCAGUUAAUGAUGAUAAGUACUGUAUAAAAGCAAUAGCGAAUGAUCAAAAUGUUUGCUUCACAAAUUUAAAUAAAAUUGCAAUUUCAAAAUGA